GCUCCAUUAGUAGAGAGAAUGAUUAUCACAAACACUUCAAUGAAGAAUCAUUAAAUACCCUUCACCAACAAGCGUUGAAAAAAUUCACCAACCCUAUUUAUGAACCCCAAACUCUGUUCUGUCCGCUCUAUAGCCUCUUGCUAUGCUUUUCUCAUAUAGCUUUGUUCUGUCUGUCUGUGUUACUGUUAGGCCUUAGGAGUAGAUUUUCCUUUUCAUUUUAUGUUUUUCAAAUGGAUAUAUAGCUCAAGUGCUUCUUGACCUCUGUUAUUUCCUUUUGUUUUUGUUCGCUUUCACUGGCCUUCAUAGCCAGACAAGAUAUGCUCACAUUCCCUCUUAAAACUGCAAAACUUUCAUCAGUCCUCAAAUACCCAGUUCUUAUAUCUAUACUAGUUUCUUCUUUUUGGGCUUUCAGAUUCUAGUUGUGGUUUUUCCCGAGCAAUACAAAAGCACCUCAUGUUUGUUGUUGUGGCACUCUACUUGUCUGGGAGAGCCCUUAAGCCCAAAAUCAUUCUGCAUGCUAGUUUCAAUGGAGCUGCAGAGGCUUAAAGUAUUGUCUGAGAUGUACCCAGACGCAUGUACGAUAUAGAGGUGGUUGUGUUUUAAAUCAUUGGGGAGAGGGUUUUGCGGUGGGUUUGGUUUCCUGGUUCAAUUUUGCUUCUCUAUUCUCUGUGGGUUUCGGGCUUUGAUUCCAAAUGGAUUUUGGUUUCUUUGGUUCUAUCUUGGUUCUUUCAAUGUUCUUCAAGCCUUUAACUUGUCAACAGCCCAAUACAGAUGCUUUCUUUGUCUCUGAGUUUUUGAAGAAGAUGAACUUCACCUCUUCACCACUCUACAAUUUCUCUGCUCCUGUUUGUUUGUGGGAAGGAGUGUUCUGUGAUGCCAAAGAAAAUGUUUUGCGGUUAGUAGCUUCUGGUUAUGGUCUCUCUGGUUCCAUUCCUGAUACCACCAUUGGCAAGCUAACCAAGCUCCAUACUUUGGAUCUUAGCAACAACAAAAUCACUGCUUUGCCUUCAGAUUUGUGGAGUUUGAGCUCUCUUACGACCCUCAAUCUCUCUUCCAACCAGAUUUCCGGGCCCCUGUCCAACAACAUUGAUAAUUUUGGUCUGCUCGAAACAUUUGAUCUGUCAAGUAACAGUUUUAGUGGAGAAAUUCCUGCAGUAAUAAGCUCCCUUUCAAGGUUGAGAGUUCUAAAGCUGGACAGAAAUGGGUUUCAAGGAAGCAUUCCAUUGGGAAUUCUAAGUUGCCAGUCACUGACUUACGUUGAUAUUUCCUUGAACAAACUGAAUGGCUCCUUGCCAGAUGGUUUUGGUGCUGCAUUUCCUGAACUCAAAACAUUAAACCUUGCAGGAAACAAGAUCGAAGGGCGGGACUCUGAUUUUUCACAAAUGAAAUCCAUCACUAGUCUCAAUAUCUCUGGGAAUUUGUUUCAUGGUUCAGUUAUGGGUGUGUUUCUGGAAAAAUUGGAGGUGAUAGACCUGAGCAGGAACCAGUUUCAAGGUCAUGUUUCUCAGGUACAAUUCAAUUGUAGCUACAAUUGGUCUCAUUUGAUUUAUUUGGACUUGUCUGAGAAUCAACUUAGUGGAGAUAUUUUCCCCUAUCUAAAUCAAGCCCAGAAUCUCAAAUACCUUAAUCUUGCGUUCAAUAGAUUUGCUAGGCAGGAAUUCCCACGAAUUGAUAUGCUUCGGGAUGUAGAAUAUCUCAAUUUGUCUAAAACUAGUCUCAUUGGCCAUAUUCCUGGUGAAAUUGCACAAUUGAAUAAUCUGCGAACACUUGAUCUGUCUGAGAACUAUCUCACUGGCCAAAUUCCUUUAUUACCUACCAAAAACCUCCAAGUUCUUGAUGUUUCACACAACAAUUUGAGUGGACAUAUCCCAGUUCCCCUCUUACAAAAACUCCAAUGGAUGGAAAGAUUCAACCUCUCUUACAACAACUUGACCCUUUGUGCUUCUGAAUUUUCCUCUGAAACCUCCCAAAAACAAUUCUAUGGAUCAUUAAACAGCUGCCCAGUUGCAGCAAAUCCAGGCCUCUUUAAAAGAAAAGCUACCCAACAAAAGGGAUUAAAACUAGCUCUUGCCUUAGCCCUCUCAAUGUUCAGCUUGCUCGUUGGGCUACUAUUUCUAGCUAUCAGUUGCAGAAGGAAAUCUAGGAUGUGGGCACUAAAACAAACAUCGUACAAAGAAGAACAAAAUAUUUCAGGCCCAUUCUCAUUCCAGACUGAUUCAACCACAUGGGUUGCUGAUGUUAAGCAGGCAACAUCAGUCCCUGUAGUGAUUUUUGAGAAGCCAUUGCUGAAUAUCACUUUUGCAGACCUCUUAUCUGCAACUUCAAGUUUUGACAGAGGCACCCUUUUGGCCGAAGGGAAGUUUGGGCCUGUUUACAGGGGAUUUCUUCCUGGUGGAAUUCAUGUUGCUGUUAAAGUUUUAGUCCACGGAUCUACAUUGACAGACGAAGAAGCUGCGAGAGAGCUUGAGUAUCUUGGUCGAGUUAAGCAUCCCAAUCUUGUUCCACUGACUGGAUAUUGCAUAGCAGGAGAUCAAAGAAUUGCUAUCUAUGAUUACAUGGAGAAUGGGAACUUGCAGAAUUUACUCCAUGACUUGCCACUUGGUGUCCUAACGACUGAAGAUUGGAGCAUGGACACAUGGGAAGAACAUGAUAAUAAUGGCAUUCAAAAUGUUGGCUCUGAAGGGUUAUUAACAACCUGGAGAUUCCGACACAAAAUUUCUCUCGCCACUGCUCGUGCAUUGGCAUUUCUUCAUCAUGGUUGCUCACCCCCACUUAUUCAUAGAGACGUCAAAGCAAGCAGUGUUUACCUGGAUUAUAACCUGGAGCCAAGAUUAUCUGAUUUUGGACUGGCCAAGGUCUUUGGCAAUGGUUUACAUGAGGAGAUUGCUCGUGGCUCACCUGGUUAUGUUCCUCCUGAGUUUUCUGAUCCAGAAAACAACUGCCCAACACCAAAAUCUGAUGUUUAUUGCUUUGGGGUUGUUUUGUUUGAGCUAAUUACAGGGAAAAAACCAGUAGGAGAUGAUUAUCCUGGAGAGAAAGAUGCAACUUUGGUGAGUUGGGCUAGAGGAUUGGUAAGGAAGAACCAAGGGCCAAGUGCUAUUGAUUCAAAAAUCCGUGAUACUGGACCAGAACAUGAAAUGGAGGAGGCCCUCAAGAUAGCAUAUCUGUGCACAGCAGACAUCCCCUCGAAGCGUCCAAGCAUGCAGCAGAUAGUUGGACUUCUUAAAGAUAUUGAAUCUGCGGUUCAUCAAUGAUAAGCACAUAUAUGGAAGCUGGUUUCUGUGGCUUUUUAUUAUAUAGAUCUUUUGCUUUUUGUCUUUGUAUUGAUUUAUUUCUGUGCUGCCAUAAGGAGGGAUUGUACAGCAGUUCUUGAAAAUCUGUUUUUGAUCUUUACCUUACCUUCAUUGGUGGCGUAGAAGUUUAAUUUAUGCACACAGAGUUUAAUCCUUGAAAGCUAAUAUUCUUCUUUAUAGUGCUCAAAUGAUCAUACUAGUAUUUAUUUAGUUUUA